AUGUACUUCGCAACCAUUCAAGCCUGUAUCUUAUUGGGGACCAGGACCAAUGGUGGCAGAAACUUGUGCCUUGAACCAGUACAGGUCAAAUUUCGACUUUCAACCUCGGACCCAAUAGCCCCCAGCUUCGACUACAAUCCCAUCUGUCCAAAUGUCCUGGACGUGGGCUUGGACGGCUACAAUAUUCCCUUCUUAACACCGACAUCACAUUCCGCCCGCCGAGAAGAGAUCGACGAGUAUCUUGUGGCCGAGAAGCUCACUAUUCCAGAUCGUACUCAACAUGAUCAACUCUACCCCGAUCAAGUCCCUGGGCUUUUCGAUCUCGCCACCCUCGCUUCUGCUACAGGCAGCCAGGGUGCAGGCUCUCCCGCACAAGACGUGGUCACGGCAUCAUCCGUACCAACUCGUUCUCUUGUGGAUCACAGUACCAUUCUUGUUGAAUACUGCUUCACCUCUGUUGCAUCACUUUACUCUUGCUUUGACGGCAAGAUGAACUCCUUUAGAACUGCUGUGUUACAGCUUUGGACAUGA